GGGAAUCGGCGCCAUAUGCCAUAUGCCCCGGUGGGGGAUUUGAGAUAUGAAGACCCCCAGCCAUAUCGACAGCAGUGGAAUGGCAUUUUCGAUGCCAGUCAAAUGGCUCCGGUCUGUAUGCAGUGGGACCAAUUUGUGGAGGGGGAUUAUAAGGUCCACGGGACGGAGGAUUGUUUGAAAUUGAAUAUUUAUAAACCCACAACUGGAGAGGAGAAAGAGGGGGAGGAGGUCAAAUAUCCCGUCAUGGUCUUCAUCAAUGGCGGCUGUUUCAUGUUUGGUGGUGUAAAUGUCAAUCAACCCCAGCGCCUGAUGGCCAGUGGCAAAAUGAUGUUGGUUACCAUUGCCUAUCGCCUGGGAGCCUUGGGUUUCCUGAGUGCCGAAGACGAAGCCCUACCCGGAAAUUUGGGUUUGAAAGAUCAACGUUUGGCUUUGCGCUGGAUUAAGGAAAACAUUGCCCAUUUUGGUGGAGAUCCCAAUAAAAUUCUCCUGACCGGAUUUUCGGCUGGAGGGGCCUCCACGCAUUUCCAUAUUUUACAGAGGCCCCAAGAAAAUGUGGCCAAGGCUGCAGUGUCAUUUAGUGGAGUGGCGCUUAAUCCCUGGGUCCUCAUACGUAACCCCAAGUGGAGGGCCCUCAAAUUGGCCGAAAUUUUGAAGUGUCCCCAAUGCAAAAAUGGUUUGGAAAUUAAAAUGUGUCUCAAACAACAAAAGGCGGAGGACAUUGUGGCAGCCACUGCCAGAUUUCAAAAAUUUGCCUAUAAUCCAUUUACCGUAUUUGGACCGGCAGUGGAACCACCCAACACUCCGGGGGCAUUUUUAACACAACAUCCCAUUGAAAUCAUCAAAUCGGGAAAUUUCACUCACAUACCCUGGUUGGCUUCAUAUGUCUCCGAGGAUGGGGGUUACAAUGCAGCGGAAUUGAUGUCCAUUAAUCCCAAAACGGGUAGGGAGCUAAUGUAUCAACUUAACGGUAAUUGGCAGGAGCUGUUGGCCACAAAUUUAUUUCUGGACAACAUCAGUGAACAUCCUCGGGAAUAUGCCCGACAAUUGAAGUCAAGAUAUUUGGGGGAGUUAGCAUUUUAUCCGGAAAAUUAUCCGCAUGUUUCGGAACUUUUUACGGCAGUCUUGUUUAGGGAUGGAGUUUUGGAUUCUUUGAAGCUACACAAGCAAUAUUCCCAGGCCCCCCGUUUAUGGUUAUGUCUAUAGCAAUCCGGCGGAUUACAAUGUGGGUCAGGGGGUGUCUAAACGUAACGAUGUGAA